AUGGCAGCCGCACAACUAUGGCUCGCUCUACCUGCGGAGAUGAAGUUGUCCGUUGUCGAUCUCCUUGAUUUCCAAGAUGUCAAGGUCCUUGCCACAGUGAACAGAGAGGCAUACUCUCUAUGUGUUUCAACCAUGUUCAAGCAUGUGAAAAUUCCCGACUACGAGAGCCUGCGGACGUAUCUGUCCACCGUACCCAUCAGCCACAACCAGUACAUCCAGCAUCUGUCAAUCUGCACCAAGCCCAGCGCUCAUCAUGCGGCGGAUGCUCCAUCUGCCAAUCGUCGCACUGUAACAGAUGCGGUUCUCGAGCUGGUUUCUCACUGUCCUCAAGUAGAAGACUUGACAUUGUCUCUACACGGGUCCCUGUCCAAGAGCAUCAUCCCCUGUUUCACCAAGCUGGGCUCUCUGACGAAGCUGUCCAUAAAUCACUGCGGAGAUGAAAGUUUGAACCCUUUGAGUGAACGGUUGGUUGUCGCGAUAGCAGCUUCGAUUCCGAAGCUUACCCAACUAUCUCUCGACCGCAUUACUCGAUCCGCUAUCCACGCACCCGAACUCAUCGGUGUGUAUCCUUUCAUUCCGCUUGUUGCGGGAGAUGAGGAUAUACCCCCUCACGCGCUGCUUGACUCCGAGCUGCGUCUUCCGUCGCUGCUCCGCCUGCCCACCCUUAAGAAGCUGCGCAUCCGAGAUACUCAUCUCGGAGACCCACAAUGGACCUGCACCCCCGUAGCAUGCUCCUUGGAGGUUCUUGACCUCGGGAGCUGCUAUCAUGAAUCCAUCGAUUUCAAUCGCAUCUGCACAGAGCGCAUCAUGGGCAAUGUCGGGCAUACAGUGGACGAGUUUGCCCUCAACACUGCGCUUUCCCCGCAAACCUUCGAGUAUGCGAAGCACAAGGAACCUCCUCUGAAGCGCCUCCGGAAGGUCCACCUUACCCCGCUUUUCCCAGUCGAGAACGUCGUCGAUACCUUGACGACACUCUCGGGUUCGCCAAUAGAGCAGCUCUCCGUGCAAUGCCACGAAGACGACGUGCUGGACAUGUGUUCUGCGCUGGAGGAUUUUCUCAGGCUUAGAGCGGAACGUGGCGAGCAAGCGCUGUACCAACAUCUCACCGAGAUUACUGUGAAAACGGUCAGCGACCUCGCUGAUGGCCUCUUUGGUCCAUUCAGCAAGGAGCAGUCCUCGUCCACUGGGGAGCUCCUCGUGGAGCAUGCCGAGGCCGUACGGCACCUGCAGGCCUUCCUUCGAGACCUUCGGCGACCGCGCGAUGAAGGAGAUGCAUCCGAGGGCCAGUUUCCAGCUAGCAGUCAAGUAUCAGGGAGCGACAUCGAGAAGUCCCCGGCGAUCGCUGUGGCUGGCGAGAUCGAUCACGACACCGGACGACUCAUGGCUGAGCGGCUCAUAACACCAGUGUCCAAAGCAGACUAG